GUAAAUAAACAAACGAAAGCAAGGUAAAGGAUCGGAUAUGAUUGGCUAGUUUCAAGCGUGACGUAUGCACGCGUAAAUUAGUGGGAUCGUAAGUGCGCGCGAGCCUUGGCGUGCUGUCAUUUAAGUCUUAUGAACCGAGUUUAGUUGGACAAGCUUAUUUUGACAAGGGCGCUGAGGAUUUCAUGAUUGAAGGCUCGCAGAUUGGUGUCGCAUGUGCUGCAGCGAGCAAGAGUUCUUAUGGAAUGUUUAUGAGUCCAAUCUGUGUGCGAGCUUGAGGAAAUGGACCGAUUGUGACCAUCCAAUCAGCAGUGACAUAGCCCGGUUCAGCACGAUAAAAGCUUUGUCGCCAGCCCAAAAGACGCCCUUUGCGGAGAAAACCCUCCGCGCUGCUGAUUCAAUCAGAGGCACGUUAAGAAACAGAGAAGGACCGACAUAGCACGCGCGAUAUCCACCCCUUACAAGAACAACACACGGAAACACAGAGAGACUUUAAACGAAAACGCCAUGCAUGCCACUGACGUAUCGCUUGUGUUGUUACUUCUUCGCGGUAUAGCGGCUCUGGCUACAUCAUCUAGAGGUCCCCCAUACUUUGCUCAACAGCAGAAGAUGAAGGGCACGUUUAUUGCAUGGCCGGCGUGGCAUACUAUCAAACUCAAGUGUAAAGCUGAGGGAACACCACCAUUGACAUUCACCUGGUUAAAGAACGGAAAACCCAUAACCCAUCGCAGGCUCCAGCCCGGCCUCAAAACUAAUCAAUGGUACCUGCGCCUGCGAGACUUGGUUCCAGCGGACACUGGUGAUUACACAUGCGUGGUGUCAAAUCCGUAUGGCCAGAUUAAUCACACAUACACGCUGCAAGUCGUGAUGAAAUUACGUACGAAGCCAAUACUAAAAUGCGACUAUCCCAAAAACACCACUUCCGACAUAGGUAAAAAUGCUACCCUAGCCUGCAUUGUAGCGGUCAGCGGUACACUACCCGACUUCCGGUGGAUACGAUGGAAUAGUGUGCCUAAUGGGCCCAUCGACCUCGAGAGAGGGAAGUUUACCGUCAUAGACCCCAUACACUAUAAGACAAUACCAGUCGGCGGUGACUCCCAAGAGUCUGGGGUGGAGCUUCGUCUGGAGAAUCUGACGGAGCGGGAGUUUGGGCUCUACACAUGCGUAGUCAGUAAUCACCUGGGCCGUGAUUACAGAAGUGCGUUUCUAUGGAGACGAAAACCAAAAAGACCUUCUCAAGCAAUCACACGAAAUUCUGUUGACAAAAGCGAGACGCCAACUGCAAAUUUACAAACGUCAAGAACCUCGACGCCGCUCGUAAUCACAAAUGAGAUGUCAGACGCAGCAACGAGCACCGCGGCCGAGCCGCGUAUCCCAUUAAGCGUGUUCAUAGGCGUUCUUUCCGCCUGGGCCACACUGACGGUCGCCGCCCUCAUAUGGUGUCACCUCCGAGUCAAGAAAAGCACCAGCGACAAGCAUGAAUCUUGGCUCUAGAGCCGCACCAGCCUGGUGUUAUGUCUGGUCUUCCUGUGGUGAUGUCAUAUUGCCAACAGGGAGCCCGUAGCACCACAGGAAAACCGAAAAGAAAGCCAUGGCCUAGGCUGAAUGAAAUUGGACCUCACGACUGCGUACAUGACAUUUUAGAUCUAGAAUAAUAUUUAAUCUUCGAACGUUUGUUAUCUUAUUCAAUAGCGGUGUUAUAUAGAAAAUGGAAACAAAAGUAACAAUUGAGGUGUUAUACAUGCGAGGGAAUGCUUAUAAACUCUCAAAGGCGU